UUUGAUAACAAUUGGUAAUUUGUAUGCGUCAGUGGUUUAGAAUUUUAAUCUUAAUUCUUUACAACUUAACAACCUUACAGUUUUACUAAAAAUCUACAGUUCUUUAGUAUCUAAGUUCUUAAUUAUUUAUCCACACUUAGUGGUUACGAGUAAGAACUUUAGUACCUAGUUCAGUGAAUUAGAUCACAUUUUUUUUAAUUUUAAAUUUUAAAGUGUUUAAAUAUAUUUGAAAGUUUUGUUUUUUAAUUACUUGUGUUUGUCUAAUAUACCUAUUUCUAAUUUUUGUUUUUAAAAACUCAAUUUAGAGUAAAUUGUGUAAUGAUGAGCAACUCAAAUUUAAACAAAAUAACCUAUAUCUAUGAAUUGCCAUAUACAGAACGUAAGGAAUUCUGCAAUAUAAUGGAUAUAAAUGAUAAAUGGGAAGAACUAGGUGGAUGUCAUAUGAAAAUGGACCGUGCAACAAUAUUUAAAUGUAGUAAAGCUCCCAUGCGUAAUCAAUCUUCCACUGAUGAACUUUUAACAUCAUGGGGAGAACAAAAUCAUACAAUAUUAGAAUUAUUUAAUAUUUUGAACACAAUGCAGCAUUAUCAAGCAAUGAUUAUACUUAAACCAUUUGUUAAUCCUAAGUAUCAUAAAUUAAUAAAACAGGGUGCUACAAGCUUCAGUUACUUGGUAAAGUCCGAAACUGGCAACAAUUUAAAUAAUGAAGUUGGCAAUUUUAUAAAAUUGGACACUGAUAACAAUGAAAGAAAAGUUAAUAAUCUAGAACCUGAAGAUUUAAAUACAUUAGGCAAAAUAAAUGAGAAAAUUCAUUCUGAUCCAUCGGUUAUGUUUUCCUCUGCUGAAGCAUGUACCCCUUUGAUAACAUAUAAUGAACUGAAACAAGCUACCAAUUACUGGAAUAAGGAAAAUAUAUUGGGAAAAGGAGGUUUUGGAGUGGUUUUUAAAGGUAUAUGGAAAAACACAGCUGUUGCUAUUAAACGUCUUGAAGUUCAGAAAGGAGCAGAACAACAAUUUAAUAUUUUAGAAGCUCAAAGACAACAAUCAUUAAGAGAACUGAAGUAUUUAAAUUCUUGCAGACAUGAUAAUAUUUUAUCCCUUUAUGGAUUUAGUAUUGGUGGUGAAAAACCAUGUUUAGUGUAUCAAUAUAUGAUCAACGGUUCUCUUGAAGAUCGAUUACAAUGUCGACAAGGAACUGAACCUUUGACGUGGAAAUUUCGUUUUAAAAUUGCAACAGGAUCAGCUAGAGGAUUGCAAUUUUUACAUGGAAUGGAUAAACCUUUAAUCCAUGGAGAUAUUAAAAGUGCAAAUAUUCUUUUGGAUCCAAAUUUUGAACCUCGUAUUGGUGAUUUUGGAUUAGCUCGUGAAGGUCCUCUUCAAGAAUAUACUCAUGUAAAAGUUAGUCAUGUUCACGGAACAAGGCCUUAUCUACCAGAUGAAUUUUUAAGAGGCAAAAAGUUCUCCACUAAAGUUGAUACUUACAGUUUUGGUGUGGUGCUUUUUGAAAUUGCUACUGGACAAAGAGCUUAUAACAGUUUAAGAAAGCAUAUAUUUUUAAAAGACCAUGUUGAAAAUAAUGAUUGUCUAACUUCUGAUAUGGCAGAUGUGAAGGCAGGACCAGAUAAAAAUAAUAUAUAUGCUUCUCUAAUGGCUAUUGGUAAAAAAUGUGUUAGUCAUAAACCAAAAGAUCGUCCAGAAAUGGAACAAGUAUUAAGGCAAUUAGAUUGUGCCAUGUUACAAGAAAAAGAAUCCUCUAACAGAUACAGUUGUUUAUCUACAUUUCAAAACGAGAUACUAAUAAGAAAACUUUCACCUCCAUCUGAAUCUCACCAUGCUCAGCAAUGGAUACAUAGUCCUGUACCGAGUAUUGAUUUGUUAAAACAAAUUACAUCAGGUCCAGCUAUGCCUCAAAUAAAAAAGAACAAUUGUCUUAAAGUAACGAGCAAUCCAGAUUCUACAAGACCCUCAAAUACCUCGGCAUCCAUUAAUAAAUCACUUUCUGACAGUAAUGGGGAUUCGAAUAGUACACCUCAGUUUGUUGAUCCUGAACUUCAAACUACUGUUGAAGUGAUAAAUAUUGCUCCGAAUGAUUCAACUAUUGGAGAAUAUAAUGAUCAAUUACCAUUGUUAUCAAUACUGCAAAUACAACCUAAUCAUAACUCUCAAAACUCCGUAUGAUAAAUAAUAAUAUGUUGUAUUUUUAAAUAUUUAUGUUAUAUUAUACUUUUAAUGAUUUGUUUUUAAAUUUAUGAUGUUGAAUUUUAAUAUUUUAUACUCUUAUGUAAAUAAAUACUUCUAUCAUAAU